CACAGCCCACACACUAAACCUCUAGCUCCCACCUCCAACUCCCAGCAUCUGGCUCUCCGCCUCCUGACCUCCUGCUCCUGCUCUCCAUUCCCAGCUCCAAAACUUGGUGCUUGUCCUCCAUGGCGCUGGCUCUGAUGCUGGCCUUCCUGGUCCUCACUGUCGGCAGCAGAGGCAUCCAAGGUAGUGACAGUGGAGCUCUCGACUGCUGCCUCAAGUACAGUCAGAAGAAGAUUCCAGCCUCUAUUGUCCGAACCUACAGGCGGCAGGAACUCAACCAGGGAUGCUCCAUCCCCGCCAUAAUAUUUAGUCCUUGGAAAAAAUCACAGGCAGAUCUGUGUGCUGACCCCACCGUGCAAUGGGUACAAGACCUGGUGAAGCGGCUUGACGAGCAUGGAGGAACCCUGCCAAAACCCCGCAAGAAUCCUUGCAAAAAGGAUAAAGGAUCCUCCAAGUCAGGCAAGAAAGGCCGAGACACCAGAGGCUGCAAGAGGACUGAGCCCAGGACCACAGGCCCCCAAAGAACAGCUACCCAGUGAUAGCCUCAAAGACUCCAUUGUCCCCUAGUCCCAUCAUUGCCUUCCUUUUAGGAUCUGAGUCACAAUUUCCACAUCAUAGAAAAGAACCAGAUGUGACUUCUGGUUCUUGUUCCAUGUCUGCCUGGCUCAACCCAGAGACAUCCUCUUUUAUGCUUUGAUUUUUCUAUCCAUGCUCUCAAGUCCUGGAGCUGCAGAAUUGUUAUAUGACUUCCCAGAGUGAGGUAGAGGAGUGAGGGAUUGACCCAGUCCUUCCUGGGAAAGGUCUUCCCAGUUUUGUCCCCUCCCCAACCUUGGGACCUGACUCUGGUCCCUGUGCCUGCCCUUGCCCUUUUCCCCAUAGCCCAUCCCUGCUAAGAGGCAAAACUUGGCAUGUCUCUUCCCGCAUUGUAAAUAUUUUCUGUAUCUAGACUCAAUAAAAUGUUUGAAUCCCCCAGUUUACAACUA